AUUGACUCUGUGAACAUACUGUAAUGCAUCACUGAAAUCCUACUUUCUUGGGUGGCAUUUCAGGAAUCAAGUCUGACGGGAAAAGCACAAAACUGGUUUCACGCAGUCAUAGCAAAAGUCCAUGUCAAGCAAACACUCCCCCUGUUCACUAAAAUAAACCGUCAGCUAAGUACAGACUCAGAUUUGGCAUACACUCACAGAGGGACAGACAAAGUUAUUCCUCCUCUUAAAGGAUAUACAGCAAAAUGGUAUCCCAGAAAUGUCAAAUCCUGGGCCUCAUUCUGGCACUGAUUGGCUUCGUGGGCACCAUAGUCAUCUGUGGUUUACCAGCCUGGAAGAUGUCGGCUUUCAUCGGAGCCAAUAUCGUGACGUUCCAGGUCUACUGGGAAGGCUUAUGGAUGGAUUGCGUGGUUCAAACCACAGGCCAGAUGCAGUGCAAGGUCUAUGACUCCAUGCUUAUUCUUCCUGUACAUCUGCAGGCAGCUCGAGCCUUGAUCAUUGUUGCGCUUGUUGUUGGAAUCCUUGGAAUUAUCGUAACCAUCAUCGGAGGCAAAUGCACCAGUUUUGUACAGGAUGAAAGUGCUAAGGCUAGGAUUGCCAUCGCUAGUGGGAUCAUCUUCAUCAUCACAGGGAUUCUCGUUCUCAUUCCAGUGUGCUGGACCAUAAACGCUGUUGUCAGAGAAUUUUACAACCCCUCCAUUAUAGAUGGCCUAAAGAAGGAACUGGGACCUUACGACCAGAGUAAAAUGGCAUCACAGGGAAUACAUUUGUUGGGCAGUGGUCUCGCCCUGCUUGGUUGGGUGGGCAUCCUACUCUCUUGCAUCAUACCAAUGUGGCGUGUGACUAGCUUCGUGGGUGCAACUAUUGUUACCUCUGAGAUCAUAUGGGAAGGCAUCUGGAUGUCUUGUGUUGUACAGAGUACUGGUCAAAUGCAAUGUGACCCUUAUGACUCGAUGCUGGCGCUCAGCUCUGAUCUAAAGGCAGCUCAGGUCCUCACUGUAGGAUCGCUCCUGACUGGCUCCCUUGGUCUCAUACUAGCCUUCAUUGGGGGAAAAUGCACUCACUUUAUGGACUACAGUAGUGGAGCUGCAAAAGGUAGAGUUGCCACUGCUGCUGGUGUGGCACUGAUCAUUAGUGCCCUGCUCUGUCUGAUUCCUGUGACAUGGGCUACUGUUGUUGUGGUCCAGAUCUUUUACAACCCGCAAGUAAUUGAUGCCCAGCGCAGAGAGAUUGGCUCAUCUAUUUACAUUGGCUGGGGUGCUUCCGCUCUUCUGUUAAUGGGUGGUGGUAUGUUCUGUAGCACUUCCUGUUCCCAGAAGGCAGAAGACAAUGGUUCUUCAAGCAACUACAAGGUUGUUUGUUCAUCUGGAGUUGAAUCUAACAUACAGCGGGUCCAGGUCCACAGUCCAAUCCAGAAUAGCAAGAUUCAGGCGAGGUCUGAGAGCAGUGAUGGAGCUCCGUGCAAUCAUCAGCAGCACAAAACAACCUCUGAAGGAUCCAUGAAAAAGACAUUGUCUCCAAAAUCAGAAAAGCCCAUGAUAGAGUCUGAGCGAAGUGAUAGGCCAUCUACAAAGUCCCAGCUCCAACAUACAGGUUCUGAACACAGCCUGGGAUCUUCUGAUAGUGAGGCUGUUUCCGCAGGUCCCGAGAAGACCUACAUCUGA